AUGAGUUUUUCUACAACAUGUGAAUUCGAUCACUCUAAAAAUAUUCAUCGUAAAUUUAAUACUUUACAUAUCUCAUCAAGAAAACAUAUAGAUCCAUUAGUAACUACAAAACCAUUCGAAACACGUAAUCAUGGAUAACAAUUUGAAUAACAUUUUGCUCAUUACUUAAAAGGUGACUUAAAUCUAUAAAGAUUAAUUCAAACACUCAAUUAUCCAAGAUUAAAUGCUGAACAAUAACUCUAACCUAAACAUAGAAUGACUCUUAAAAUACGUCAAUAAACUGAAUAAAGAAAAAAUUAUCUAAAAAGUAAAAUUGUCAAAGUUCGCAAUCUUAUCAAAGAGAAAGUAGCAAUCAAGAAACCUCAUAAUGAAGAAAUUAGAUAAGGCAAUGCUUAAACUCUUACUAUAGUAUAAACUAUUUUAGA